CAAGCAGUAACUGAAUGUCAUCCGGGCUGUCAGAGAAAUGUAGCAUUUUAGUAGUAAGUUACUUAACAUGCAUAGGUUGCAAAGUCCCAGCUCUUCUCUACAGGCUGCUUGCACAGGGCUGGACAGUUGUGUUCCUUCUGCCAUUCCUUUUGGAGAAAUGAAGAAAUUCAGGCAAAUGAGGAGUACGGUCAAUCUGGAGAAAUUACAAAGGGGAGGAGUUCACCUUCCUGGCUAUGGCUUUCAGGUCUGUCCAGGACUACUUACUCCAGUAUAAAACUGAGAGCAGAAAUAUGAUCACAUACUAAGAAGCGUAAUCAAUUCUGGUGUCAACACUGAGCCUAUUUAAAAUAGAUAAUGGAAUUGCUGUUCCUUGUUCUGUUCUCUCUGCACAUUCUCAAGACAGAGGCACUAGUUGGAAGCCACUGGUGCUAUUAUUCACAGACACAUGAACAUCCAGACUGUGAAGAUCCUCGGCAUUGGUAUCUGAGAGAAGUCACCUGCAAUGGAAACAAGCAGUCACCUAUCAAUAUUGUCACCAGAAAUGCCAUUUAUGACAACAGCCUUAAGCCACUGAAUUUUGAAGGAUACGAUGUGAGGGGAUCUUCAAAAUGGAACCUAGAAAAUAAUGGACAUACAGUUAAAGUAAUAUUAAACACAUCCCCUAAAAUUGGAGGCGGUGGUCUGGGAAGAAAAUACAAGGCAAUAGAAUUUCACCUGCACUGGGGAAUUGAAGGGGUGUCACAGUACCUGCCUGGCUCAGAGCACAGCAUAGAUGGAGAAAAACAAGCCAUGGAGCUUCAUAUUGUCCACAUCAGAGAUGAUGUUUCGGAUAUAACAGAAGCAAAGAAAAAUGCAGAUGGGGUGGCUGUGUUAGCAUUCUUUAUAAAGGUUCAAGGAGAAAACAAAAACUUUGCAUCUCUCAUAAAUGAAUUAGAGAACAUUAAAUACAAAGGGCAAACAGCACAGAUGGAAGCUUUGGCACUGAGUUCUCUGCUCCCACCCAAGGAGGAGCUUGGGAGGUACUAUCGGUAUGAGGGCUCCCUCACCACUCCUGACUGCCACGAGGGUGUCAUCUGGACAAUAUUUGAGAAGCCAAUUGAACUCAGCAUUUCCCAGAUUUCUCGUUUUUCAACAGUCCACUUUGAAGGGAAGAACUCAACCUUCAUGGUGGAAAAUUUCCGGCCUGCUCAGUCCCUGAACAAACGCAAGGUGUACUGGUCCAAUGCCAGCAUGCUCCUGCCUCCUGCUAAGGUCUUAAUGUUGGCCCUGAUGCUCACCUACAUCCUGAGUUCUCUGUUCCAGUGAAUACUUCUCACCUCAUUCAAGGCUCUGGGCUUUUUGGAGGGUUUUUUUGUUGUUGGCUCUUUGUAUCAAGUAGUGCCUCUUAACUACUGCCUUCUGAAUCCUAUCUCAAUAGAGACUUUAACCUUGUCCUCCUCCAGAUACUAACCAAGGACUUCUGUUGCUGCUUCUAUAUAAAAUGAAACCCAUUGCACUAAAUCACAAGAAUUCAAAGGAAAUGUAAGAGAAAGCUAUGAAGAUUCAAAUUUAGAAAAAACAGACAAACAAACACAAAAAACACCUACAGGAAACAUUAGGAUGGAUUAACUGCAAGCCUGUAGUUUUAACACUGGAGGACAUUCUAGAAAUUAUACAGAGGACCUUCAAGAGGAAUCUGUUUUUAAGUGCCUAGAAAGGGUUUUGUUUGGAGUAUGUUUACAUUCAACACUGCAAAUCAGGAAGACAGUAACACGUGGAGUAAUUCUUAUCAUCUCUACAUUGUCCUUCAUGAAGGUACAGUACAGAGCAAAGAAAAAUUGUUGACACAGCUCAGCAACAUCUGGGUCAUCCUGUCUAGUGAAGGAUACAUGACAGAUUUCAUCUGUGCUAACACAGUUUUCCCUUCUUCCUUCAGAAUAUUUAAAGUUAAAUUAUAGCUGAGGAUACAGGAUUCCUUUCAUCUGAUCUACUGAUUCUGGAUUUCAGGCUUCUCUGCUAAACUAUUUAUUUCUCCUAGUAUGGAAUCCUACUCUGGGAUGCCCAUGGCCAAUAAGUUGUGCUACAAAGAUAAAGGGAAUCUCAGCACAGUGGCACAUGUGUGGAAAUUCCCUCUCUCUGGAGGGCUGCAUCUGAAGCAUCAGACUUUGAUGAUCCUUAACAGUUUUCAUACCUUUUUUCCAAGAAGACUGUCAUUUGAACUGUUUUCUUCAGAUCUUACCCAAUUAUUUACUGAAUAUACUGGGAAAUGGGAUUUCCUUUUAUUAUUCCAGUUCUCCAGUUCUCUCUCUGAAGACAGACACAACAGUUUUCUAUUGCCAUAUAAUGUUACAGCUUCUUUAAGAAUUUUAGAUUUUGGCCACACCAAAAUAGGAUUUCACAUUAGCUGGCUUGUAUAUUUAUUUUAUUUUUUUUUCUUUUGGGCUUGGUUUGCAGAGAUGACUUUAUGCUACAGCUCUAUGGCCAUUUUGAGACAAAUAAUAGCAGUGAGAUUAACCACAGCUCACCAAAGGAGGAAAUGCAGGGUGAAAAAUUAUUUUCAUACUUAAUCAAUAAUAUAAGCUUAAAAAAAAAACCCAAUACCACACAGGAAGACAAGUUCACCUUUUUAAGUUUAGAGGAAUGAUUAAGACUUUAACUGUAUUUUCAGCUAGCUGAAAAACUUUUGUGAAGGGAACAUAAAUGAAGGAUUAAAGUUGAACAGAGACCUA